UCCUUGGAUCCUAAUUACAUUUUAUAUUCAGUUUUAAUGCCUUGUGCAUUCAACUGAGAUUUUCUUACUGAUACCUAUGUACAUGUUCUUAGCAUGUCAAUUUUUUAUUUUCGCUUUUGAGUUUAUACAUUCGCAUUUGCAUUAUAGUUUAUGCAGCGAAGACGCCUCUAUAUAAAGACAAAAGAAAUCAACCUUCAUGCACAAACCAAAAUCUUUUGACUGAUAGAAAAAGAAAAAAAAAAAAAAGAUGAAAAUUCUUUCCUUCCUCCUGUUUUUUGCAUGGCAUGUCUUCUUCAUUCUUUCUGCUACCUCAACUUCAGUAGAGAGAGCCACAUAUAUUGUCCACAUGGACAAGUCUCUUAUGCCAAAAAUCUUUACUACCCAUCAGGACUGGUACACCUCAACCCUGAUUUCACUCCAAUCUACAAACCUCACCUUCUCAAACAAUGAUCUUAAACUCUCCCCAUCAUUUAUUUACUCUUAUGAUAACGUUGCUCAUGGUUUUAGUGCUGUUUUAUCUCCUGAAGAGCUACAAGCUCUUAGAAAUUAUCCAGGAUUUGUUUCUGCUUACAAAGACAAGAUGGUCACAGUGGAUACUACUCACACUCAUGAAUUCCUUUCCCUCAAUCCAUUCACCGGCCUAUGGCCUGCUUCCAGUUUUGGUGAAAAUGUUAUAAUUGGAGUCAUUGAUAGUGGGGUCUGGCCAGAAAGUGAGAGCUACAAAGAUGAUGGUAUGACUGCAAUACCUUCAAGAUGGAAGGGAGUUUGUGAAGAAGGAGAUGAGUUCAAUUCCUCCAUGUGCAAUUCAAAGCUUAUUGGAGCUAGAUAUUUUAACAAAGGUGUCAAAGCUGCAAAUCCUGGAAUUGAAAUCACUAUGAAUUCUCCAAGAGACUUUUAUGGGCAUGGGACUCAUACUUCCUCCACAGCUGCAGGUAACUAUGUUAAAGAUGCAUCAUUCUUUGGUUAUGCUGCUGGAACAGCUAGAGGUAUGGCACCACGAGCUAGAAUAGCCAUGUACAAGGUCUUGUGGGAAGAAGGUGAUGGUCGCUAUGCAUCUGAUGUUCUUGCAGGCAUAGACCAAGCUAUUGCUGAUGGUGUUGAUGUGAUAUCUAUUUCCAUGGGAUUUGAUAAUGUCCCGCUUUAUGAGGACCCGAUAGCAAUAGCCUCAUUUGCAGCAAUGGAGAAGGGUGUGAUCGUCUCAUCUUCAGCAGGAAACGAUUUUGAACUUGGAAGCCUGCAUAAUGGGAUUCCAUGGCUUUUAACAGUUGCUGCUGGCACGAUUGAUCGCUCUUUUGCUGGGACUUUAACUCUUGGCAAUGGCCAAACCAUCAUCGGACGGACUCUGUUCCCAGCUAAUGCCUUGGUUGAUAAUUUGCCACUGGUUUAUAACAAGACCUUUUCCGCUUGCAACUCUACUAAAUUAUUAUCUAAAGCUCCUCCUGCUGUCAUCUUGUGCGACGAUACUGGGAAUGUUUUUAGCCAAAAGGAAGCUGUUGCAGCCUCAUCAAAUGUGGCUGCUGCUGUUUUCAUUUCAGAUUCUCAGCUGAUUUUUGAGUUGGGUGAAGUAUAUAGUCCUGCAGUUGUGAUUAGCCCCAAUGAUGCAGCGGUUGUCAUCAAGUAUGCCACAACCGAUAAGAACCCCUCUGCUAGCAUGAAGUUCCAGCAAACCAUUCUUGGCACAAAGCCUGCUCCUGCUGCAGCUAUUUAUACUUCAAGAGGUCCUUCUUCGAGCUGUCCCGGAAUCCUGAAACCAGAUAUAAUGGCGCCUGGGUCACAAGUUUUGGCCUCUUGGAUUCCAAAUGGAGUAGCAGCUCAAAUCGGAUUGAAUGUGUUCUUACCAAGUAACUUCGGAAUUGAUUCUGGAACAUCAAUGGCGUGUCCUCAUGCUUCUGGUGUAGCUGCACUCCUGAAAGGUGCACACACAGACUGGAGUCCAGCUGCUAUACGGUCUGCCAUGAUUACCACAGCGAACCCAUUGGAUAACACUCAAAAUCCAAUCAGAGACAAUGGAGAUGACAAGCUUGGAUAUGCAUCUCCUUUAGCCAUGGGAGCUGGCCAAAUUGAUCCUAAUCGAGCACUAAAUCCAGGUCUGAUUUAUGAUGCCACACCGCAAGACUAUGUCAAUCUUCUGUGCUCCAUGAAUUACACAAAGAAACAAAUUCUAACCAUCACAAGAUCAAACAGCUACAAUUGUACAAGCUCUUCUUCUGGUCUCAACUAUCCAUCAUUUAUUGCUCUGUAUGACAACAAAACAUCAGCAGGUGUAACCUUAACCCGAAAAUUUCGAAGGACUGUAACAAAUGUAGGAGAAGGUGCUGCAAUUUAUAAUGCUAAGGUGAUUGCACCAUUGGGUGCCACUGUCACCGUCUGGCCCGAGACUUUGGUUUUUGGAAAGAAACAUGACAAGCAGAGCUAUAGGCUUACAAUAUAUUAUGGGGCGGAUAAGAAAGGAAAGGUGUCGUUUGGUUCCAUCGUUUGGACAGAAGAGAAUGGAGUUCAUACAGUCAGGAGUCCUAUUGCAAUUUCACCUCUUGUGGCCUUUGAUUGAGUUGUGGUUGUGGUUGUUGGUGUUAGAGAUAAUGUUAACGUUUGAUAAGUUAUGAAAUGAUAUCUGCUAUAAAAUGAGUGAAAUCUUUACGAAUAAAGACUGGUAAAAGUGAAGGGUGAACUUUAUAUGAUUAA